AUGAAGAUGUACUGUACGAUGGCUCUCCUCUGCGCGAUCGCGUACGCCGAGACGCUGCCCUGCGCCGGCCAGAUGCUUCAGACCACACUGACGCCCGUCUUGGGCCGCGGCGACACCCUCAUCAAGUGCUGCAAGGCAGCGGGUGUGACGCCGGACGUGCCAGCGUAUCCUGCCCGCGUCACGGAGGCCCAGGCCACAGCCUUAGCCAAUGACCCAAGCUGCCAAGCGAUCUAUGCCAGCACCCAAGGUGCACUCAAGGACGUCUCGCCGCCGUGCGGGCUCAGCGAAGCCGCGACGACGGCCACGAUGCAAACGAUGACGUACCUCGAGUACAUUCAAGGCUUCCAGCUCGGUGCAGCGCCUAGUGGGGACGCCACGACUCCUUCAGGCAGUGCGGCAGCGACGUCGUCCGCGCGCGGGCCGUCCACGCUGCCAACGAACGCGAUUGUGCUCCUCGCUGCCCUUUCCAGCGUCGCCGUUGCGUACGCGUAGCGCAUCGUCGCGUCAUGCCCUGUACUACUAACAAGGACACUAUAUAAGCUUACCC